UUGUUGCAGAUGAGAAUAUUUCUAUUGUUUUUAAUUAUUCCAAUACGUUCUUUCUUACAACUUUCUAUGAAGGUCUGAGUCCAUUGGUUGAAGUUUCUUUUUGUUUAUUAGAUGAGCCUUUGCCAAUUAACACAGAAACUGGAGAACUCGUUUGUCAAAGUGUGUCAAGUCAAACUUCUGGUCUGGAAAGCAACCAAAUUUCAGGAAAUCCUUAUGAAGAUUCUGAAGAGCUUGCAGAGUAUGCAUCUGGAGGACAUUGUGUUGUGAAUGGUAGUAAUGGAAUUGAUGUCGUAAACUCUGACUCUAAGAAGUCAGAUGGCAAGAGUAGAGAGAAAGAUGAUGCUCAAAUUGAUAAAUUUUUGGCAACAGAAGAAUCAGAUACAUUUCAGGAAACACUAGAUAAUGCUGUUAGUGAGCAUGAUGAAGAAAUAGAGUCUUUCACUGGCUUUGAGCCCCAAUUGUCUGCUCUCAGCCACGGUGUUUCUAGAGAAUUUUGCCAAGAAGGAGGAUUAAUAUCUUUAAUGAGACAUCUUAACAUAGGUUCAGACUUGGCAUGUGCGAACAACAGCACAUUUAAAUCUUCUACUGAAGGCCAAACUAUACCAAAAAGUAACCCAAGUGAUGCCAGCUGUGAAACACAACACAUACAAGAUAUGGUGGGUGUUGGAAUCAGAAGCCCUCUACCAACUGCUAAUGAGCUAGUAGUGAGACGUAAAAUAAGAAGUGAAAAUACCGCAAACCAUAUGAGAACACAGCAGCUUCUCCAUAGUGAUGGUGGAGAGGGAAGUGGCUCUUGGAGGACAAUGGAAGCCCUUCAGGGCUAUGCUGAGCAUGAUUUGAGAAAGAUCAGAGAAAAAAUGAGUUCUGGUAUGUUAUUUCACUCAAAAGAGUACAAGGGUCCUCAAAAGAACAAAGAAUUAGACCUAGGAAAAAAUGCAGCAGCACAAGAACAAAAACAACAUCUCGGCAAUAGCAGUUUUAAGAAUGACUCUGAAGACCACCACGGAGACAUCUCCAUAUCUGACAAACAUGACAGUUGCAGCUCAGAAUGCAGUGAUGGAGAAUGCUUUGAAGCUGUUCCUAGCUAUCCUGUUGUGACAAAAAGAGACCAGCUCUCAAAUAAUGAAAGCUGGCCAAUUGUCCCUGUCAUGCCGAAAGCACAGAGCACCAGCAGUGAUAAAGAAAAUGAGGCUCCAGAUUUCUGUUUCCAGGAAGGGUCAGUGGAAGAAGGAGAGGUUCCUUGUUCAACAGCCCAGGAAGAACCAGAAAGUAGCAGCGAUGAAGAAGAACUUCCAGUUAAUGAUCUUAUGCAUUCUUCAUCAUGUGUAUUGUUCAUGUGGGAUGGCGAUAACAACUCUGAUGAUGACUCGAGUAUGAGUGAAGGCAUGGAUCUGGAGUGGAGCCUGAUUGAUGAAGCUGCUGACAGCCUUGGACUUAGGUAUCCUCAGUAUCUUGCAUUUAUGGCAGUAGGUGGAAAUACACAGCAAGCUAUGGAG